GGGACGGAAAGAGAGCAAGCGAGCGCAACACACACACGUCUACACACUACGAGGGAACCCCAUCAGCUGGGAGAGUAGAGUAACCUUUACAACUCAACACUCAUCGCACGCGCUCAUGCCCAAAAUCCACAGGAUACCCGCAGAUCUGCUUCUUAAAUGCGAAACAGACACGGAGAAGGUGUUAUAUUUUUAAACAAAUAAAAAGUAACAGAACAAUCAAGGAGCCCGAGCUGGAGAGAAGAGGGAAAGCAUGGAGUAUUUCAUGGUACCAGCUCAGAAGGUGCCCUCCUUGCAACAUUUCAGGAAAACCGAAAAAGAAGUCAUCGGGGGCUUGUGCAGCUUAGCGAACAUUCCCCUCACGCCAGAGACGGCGCGGGACCAGGAGCGGCGCAUUCGACGGGAGAUCGCCAACAGCAAUGAGCGGCGGCGCAUGCAGAGCAUCAAUGCUGGUUUCCAGUCUCUGAAAACACUUAUACCGCAUAGUGACGGAGAAAAACUAAGCAAGGCUGCCAUCUUGCAGCAGACAGCAGAAUACAUCUUUUCUCUGGAGCAGGAGAAGACGCGGCUGCUUCAACAGAACACCCAACUUAAACGCUACAUACAGAAGGAGUUCAGCGGCUCCUCCCCAAAGAGGAGGCGUGCGGAGGAGAAAGAUGAAGGCAUCGGAUCUCCAGAUAUUUUGGAGGAGGAGAAGGUGGAGGAUCUGCGGCGAGAGAUGAUCGAACUCCGCCAACAGCUGGAUAAAGAACGCUCGGUUCGCAUGUUGCUGGAAGAACAGAUCCGUUCAUUGGAUGCUCACCUGUACCCUGAGAAACUAAAGGUGAUCGCCCAGCAGGUACAGGAGCAACAUGUGCAGACUCAAACUCUGCUCCACUUACAACAGCAACAAGAACAGAUGGAGAAUGAGAGCACCCUUUCACGCAGCCCACUGGUGUUAUCUCCUGCCACGCCGCCUGCCCCCACCCAUCACGCCACAGUAAUUGUUCCCGCCCCAGCGCUGCCUCCCCAUCAUGUCACUGUGGUCACCAUGGGCCCCACCUCCGUGAUCAACACAGCAUCCACAUCACGACAGAACUUGGACACCAUUGUGCAGGCUAUUCAGCACAUCGAAGGCACACAGGAGAGGAUGGUCGUGCCAGAAGAGGAAAAGCGUCGGGCAGUUAUUGUCACCCCAGGUCGUGUCCUUACAGACACCGCCGACUCUGACACCGCCUCCGACAAUGAAGGGUCUAAGGACUGUUAACUGUCCCAGUAAACCCCCCCCCCCCAACCCUCCACCUGUAACGGGGUCACGGAAAGGGGGGAUCUGAGGGAAAGAGCCUCCCACAGAAAUACCCUUUAUUUCUCUAUCCGCUCUCCCUGAUGCUGUCUUCUUCACACUUGCAUACGGGACUCACAAAUAAUGUUGACAGACUGAAUGACUUGAAGGUUUAUUGACAUGAAAUGAUCUUGCAAGAUGUGCUGCAAACAAACAAGCACUCUCAUGUAGACUCACACAGUACACUAGAACUCCAUAGCACUCUGGUAACUUCUUGAUACAUUCAUAUGAAACAGAUAUAACAGGCUUUUAUUCAUACUUAAUUGAAUUUUCUUCCUUUUCACCAAUGCACGCUCAUGUGUACAUGAUUUUGUGGGUGAGACAAAAUGUAUUUGGAAACUGCCACAUGAAAUACAGAACUAAUACGCUUUCUCUUCACCGCUCUCCUGUGGAGGUAUGGAUGACUGAUUCAGUCCUUUUUAAUGCCUCUUCUACAUCAUUUUCUGUCCUGCAUCCUGUUCAAAAGAGUGCAGGAGAGUUUUCUGAUUGGAGGAACCCAAUCCCCACUCUGCAAGAGGGCAUCUCCAUCCCUCAAGUCUUAUCUUUCAAAACAAACUUUUUAACCUUUGCCCAGCCCCUUCUGGUCCGUCAAAUUCCUCUUUCUAUUCUGGGGAGGCUUGAAGCAUCACUGUGAGCCAAUGAGACUUUAGAAACCUGUUUCCACACCAUGGCUUCCAAUACCUUAGAGGAAAUGUUACUUUUUCUUUUGUCAUUUUUGGUGCAGAUGCGUUCCUAGUUUUCCAUUGCCAGUGAUCUGUAGGGGAGCGCUUUGGAUCACUGAAGAAUCAGUAGUCAUUUGUCAUGCUUAAACAUAGUCCUGAGUUCUCAGUCAAGGGCCAAAGACCGCCACUGCUUAGAGGGGCUUCUUGUUGUUUGCACUUUGUAAAUAACGCUAAGUCUGUCCUGUGUGGAUGGAGGGGGACGGUGCACUUAUUUUUGCCCAUCUUUACUGGGCUGGGUUCCCAGUACGCACAUUUGGGUAGGUGAGGCACUCCCUCCGUCACAUCAAACACCCAGUCUUGUCCUCAAGCCCUUUCAAAUUCUGGCCAUAUUUUGUGUCGUUUGUAUGUCAAGUGGAAUAAGCUAACUGACAGGUAGGUGUACCUGCAAGGAACUUUGUGUAUUUGUGUAUGUUUUUUUUUUUGUGUGCAACUCAAGCUUGCAGAAGCUUAAAGGUCUUGUUUUAAUGGAAGUGUAGAAAAGGCACUACCAAGGCUGUCAUGGCCUGAUUACCGCCUAUGCAGCUUCACACCUUGACAACUCUUUCGUCAAGUCCCUCUUGGUUCUUGCCCCCAAAAAGAGGACCCUUUUUGCUCCUCUUGGCCCAGAAGUUUGGGUGUAUUAUAAGUAUUGUAAUAUCCAUCUGUCCUCUAAGUAGACACUUUGCGGCUUGUAGUAAUGUUUACAGCAGCGCGGAAGAGUGACUGGCCUGUAAUCUCGCGCACUUGCUCUAUGCACUUGCUGGUUCACUCGCCUCGCUUGAAUGUUUUAUUUUUUUCUUGCAGUGUAUGAAGAUGACAUUCAUACAUGUGCCACAGAUAAUCCCAUGGACAGUGUCCACUUUUAGUGUUCAUGACACUUUCGCAUUUCCAUAUGAAGCCAUGUGAUAUUGUGAACCCUCUUGGCCCCUGGUGGGAUCAGGAGAGGGUACCCUGUGGCAAACAACAGCCAGGUUUGUGGAAGGAGUCGGUGGCUUGCCUUAAAACAGCUUCAGUGUGUAUUGAGGCACAGAGGCCGGCCUUAACUAGCCCUGAAAGUGGCACGGGGGCCAGCAGUGAUGGCGCUCCUUCCCGCAGAUGCACAUGGCUUGACCGUGGUGAAAGAAGCUUGCCCCCAUGUUCAGCAAUUCUUGCAAGAACACGGUAGAUGUUUCCAAACAUUCCAGAACAUUCUACCACUGUUAUUGUUGUUUUGUUGGGUUUGGUGGCAAGAUACAUGCUUUCACUAUUGAAGAAGAGGUGUCGCACCUCUUAUUUGUAAUUUGACAGUGUGCAUGUCACCCUUCCCUCUCAAAAAAAUGACAGGGAAUCCUUUGCUGCUGGACAGAUUGUUUUUCCUUUUGGAUUUUUAAGGUGCUUUCAGCAUGCUGGCUCUGUGGAUCUUGUUCUUCAUGUUGCAGUAGAAGACUGCAGGGAAUCAGGGCUUCCAGAAGAACGGGCUGGUUGAUUAUUGACUCAUUUUAUUUUUUUUAUUUGAAGUCACGCUUUUCUAUUUGAAUAAUGGUUCGCUUGGGUCGUAGAGACUAGUGUCUUGCUCGUGCUGUCUUUUGUUUUAUGUAAAAUCUGUAUUAACGGUUUUGUCUUUUGGAAAACAAAAAAAAUCUAAGACUCUUUGACCUCCCAGAUUUGAACAUUUCCUCUACUGAAGCCACAGGGUGUCUCUCUUUUUUUUAUGUGUACUUUCUACUCACAGAUAUCACUGUAAGAAUUAUAGAGGACAUAUCAGAGGUUAGGUGUGUUGAGGGGAACAGACGAACGGGGGGCGAAUAUGAACCUGAAGCACUUACUGUAGUAUAAUGAGGAGCAACUCUUGUUUUUAAAGAGAUUGCUUCUCGAUCAAAGCUCUUCUCGCUGUGAUUUGAACCGCACAGCUAUGUAACCCUCAACGUUUUCCCAGCACACCACGUCUCUCUGGACGUCUCUGUCCCCGCAGUCUCCAGACUUGUCCUGUUUCUCGUCCUCUCCCUCUAUUCUUUGUCAUCUCUUUAUUUUUCGUUUCUAUUUUUGUUUUUGUUGUUUUUUUUCUUCAUGUGGGACAGUCAGUCCAUUUGGUUGAGAAGCUAUUGUAUUUUUUUUUUUUUAACUGGGGAAAAGAGGCUUGUGCCUUUUGUAAAAACAGAAUAAUAAAGUUUGUACUUUGUUUUUUACAA